UUUCAUUCUGUAUAUUCAAUAAAGUGUUCUGUGUAACAGGUCUGCAGCAUAUAAACUAAUUUACUACGAUUACAAAUUACAUACUGUGAUUCUAUUAUUAUACAUUUUGUCGUAAAUAAUAUCUGUUUGGCAAAAUUCUCAACCCUUGUCCACAAUACUGGGCUAAAAUUCUAAUGGAAGUAUGAAAACGACAUGGCGGACUAGUAAUUGACCAAUAGGAAGCCAGCAUCUAAGCGUUUCAGAAUUGAUAUACUCUCAUUUCGCGUCAUUAGGUUUUUGGAGCCUUUCCUCAUUUACAAAUUGAAAAUAUUUUCUUAUAACAUUGAUUUGAACGCCUUCUCGUAAGUUUAAAUAAAGCAUCGUGUGAUUUUUGUGUGAAAUUAGUGAGUGACGUUCAAUUUGUGGAAAGCAUUAUAAACGGCUGGGAUCAUGACUGCGUUGGAUUUAGGAUGAACUGAAAUGCAAUUCCAUCGUUUUGUUUUUGUAAACAAGACAUGUUUUUGUGGCACACGUGCGAAACAGUACAUAAUUGACAGUUGCUAUCAAUGAUGUCGGGAAGGGGGGCGAAGAAACGUGGGAGACCCCCGAAAUCUGGAUGUUUUGAAAAGAACAGGAAAUUCCAAUAUCAUUUAUUGAAAAAGCCGAAAUAUUUACAAGCACUAAAUGUGGGAUCGACUUCUCUUGUAAGCACGCCUUCUGCAUCUAGAGCAUCUUCUCCACAAGGAAGUGACAUUAGUAAACGUAGUACGCGAAAACAGAGAGGAGGAAAAUCUCAUAAAAGUAAGAGAGGUGGAUUGUCAAGUGCAUAUUCGCGAAGGGGCUAUAAUCCUCAGGCCGCAGAAUAUCAUGAGUCGGAAUAUCAUUAUGGGUCCGAUUUCGGAGAUGAAUACAGUGAUAGAUCUGAACCAGAAGAUGAUCGCGCUAGCGAAAGUUCGGAAGGAAGCGCUGGGGAAGGUGCCGCCAGUGACAGCGAUUUUUCUGUGAGUAGUUACAGCACAACAGGGGGCAUUGUCAAGAAAGUUGGCAGCAAUACAAUCCGUCUACCUAGCCCGGAUCCUCUAUGGCUACAGGACGAACGACAAAUCCCCCCACUGGAACUUCCUCCAUCAUCAGAUGAUUUAAUCAUACCUCAAAAUUUAAUUUUACAAGUAGUUGGUAUUUAUGAAGUUUUACGACAUUUUAGACAUUUGGUGAGGUUGUCCCCAUUUCGUUUAGAAGAUUUGUGUGCAGCUUUAAGCUGUGAAGAUCAGAGUACUUUACUUAUAGAAGUGCAUAUAAUGCUGCUUAAGGCCUUACUGAGAGAGGAAGAUGCUCAACAGACUCACUUUGGUCCUCUAGACCAUAAAGAUAGUAUAAAUAUUACUUUAUUUUUACUGGAUGUCAUGACAUGGCCUGAAGUACUAAGGAUCUAUGUAGAAAGUGAUAAGUCUUUUGAUCAAAAUGUCUUAAAAAUUUUGAAUUCAUGUGAAUACCCAUUUGCAUCUAUAGAGAACAGAGUAGCUGUAUUACAAUUCUUGUGUAAUCAAUUUCUAAUAACAAAUCCUGUACGUGAUGACCUGCUGAGUGAAGUUCCUAUACAUUAUGAUGAUCACUGCAGAGUGUGCCACCGUUUGGGGGACCUUUUGUGUUGUGAAACUUGUCCAGCUGUAUUCCAUUUGGAAUGUGUGGAUCCACCUUUAGUUGAUGUACCAUCUGAAGACUGGCAGUGUGCACUUUGUAAACAACAUAAAACAAUUGGUGUAACUGAUUGUUUGCCAGAUGCCGAAAAACAAGGUUUACUUUGUCGCCAUGAACAUAUGGGUUUUGAUCGCCAUGGAAGAAAGUAUUGGUUUAUUAGUCGCCGUAUAUUUAUAGAAUCUGAAAAUGGUCAUGUAUGGUAUUAUUCAACCCCUCAACAAUUUCAAGAACUAUUAAAUGUAUUAGAUGCUCAUGAGAUGGAAACUCCUCUGGUCCGAGAAUUAUUAGAAACAAGACAAGAAAUUACUAGGCAAAUGGAAAUUACGGAGCGAUUAACAAAUCAAGCAAAAGGAAAUCGAAAAUCCUACUUAGAAGUAGAGAAUUCAAAUAUUUUAAAACAAAGGAAAGUGAAUGAAGAAACAAAGCUACAUGAACAAAAUGUAGGAUUGAAAAUUGAUGAUGAAAAAUCAGAAAAUGAUUCUACAUUUGUUUCUGAUGAUAUGGUGAAUGAAGUCACGGUAACCAGUGAAGACAUGUUACAAGUGGAUAAUGAAGAGUCCGAUGUAGCCGAUGAUACUGAUGUGAAGAGAAAUAAAAGUCAUAACAACAAAACUAGGUCAUUAACACAGAAGAAAACUGAAGAAGUUUCUGAAAGAGUAACACGGUUAAAAUCUAAUCAAAUAUCAAAUGGAACAUACUUAUUCAAAUUAGGAAAUGAAAAUUCAUUUAAGAAUUAUGUAAAUCAAUACUCUAUUAAUCCUCUGGCAUUGAACAAACCUCAACGUAAUGAAGAAAGAGAUAAAAAACGCUAUAUGGCACACAAAUUUUCAUUAUCUUCAGGACAAGAAUUUAAAUGGGUUGGACUUCUUAAUGCUACAAAGCCAUUAUUAGUUGCUACAUUGAGACAAACUUUACUACAACUAGAAUCCAAUAUAGUGAUCCAGUUUAUGCAUCCUAAUUGGUCUUUGUUAAGAAAACCGUGGGUGCAAGCGGUACAACUUUGCCAGGCUCCACGUGAUUUUUCUAGAGCCCUAUGCGUUUUACAAGCAUGUAUAAAAAAUGUGGUAUGGAUGCCAGCUUGGCAUGAGCAACUUGGGCAUGUAAGAUUAAUACGAACCACGGCUGCCGAGCGGGAAGAACGUAAAAAACUAGACAAAAGAGAAAAAAAAGAAAGGGAUGAAGAAGAAGAACGUUAUAGAACUGGUUACAAUUUUGUUAAAUAUACAUUAGGCUUCCGACAUCAGGUGUGGAAACAAAAAGGAGAAGAAUACAGGAUUCAUGGACAAUGGGGAUGGCUAUGGAACUCAACUACUAGAAAGUAUAAGAAACAUAACAUGACACCGAAACUAAACCUUAAUAAAGGACCUGCCAAAAUUGCAGUUAGAGUUAGAGAAGGAAGCACAAUUAAAGUAUUAGCUGUUGAACCCAAAACAUAUGAAUAUUUAAUUUCUGAUAAAACUGACAAGGAUGUUCUUGACAAAUUACCCCCAUCGAUGCGUAAUUUAUCAGUGGAAAAAGAAGACACUGACGAUUUCGAAGAAAUUGAUGUAGAAAAAUCUUUGAGUUCUUCUACAAGAAGAUAUUAUCCGAAAAUAGCAAGGAAAUCUAAAUUGGAUGAGUUCUUAACACGACGUACUUAUUUAAAAUUUAUGGAAGAAAAGAAAAUAGCAAAUCUUUUAACCAAAGUGAAAAAAGAGGAUGUAGAUAUCAAGAAUGAAGAUGAUAAAAAUAUUGAUGUUGAGAAUGAUGAGCCAGAAACUGAGUUUCCAUCUAUUUGUGAAGCAACAAAAGAAAGUAAACAGAAUAACAUAGAUGAUUCUUCUAAUAAGACUGCUGACUCAUUGAGAGAUCGAUAUCAGAAACUAGUAGCAUUAACGAAACAUUAUAAAUGUUAUUCCAAUAAUUGCAACAAAAUGGAUUCUACAAAUUUCCUUCAAAGUUCAGCCUUAAAAAUCAAUUGUUAUUCACCAUUAUGUAUUCUCAAAGGAAAACUGCUGAAUGAAUUGUUGACAGUAUUAAAAGGCGAUAUUAACAACUCUACCAGUAGUAUUCUAACAAGUUCAAAAGAAAACACAAAAAUGUCAAUUCUAGAACAAUACUUAUUAGGGAAGAGUCCAUUUCCAACUGUAAAUAGUAAUGAAAAUAUUUUAACAGAUUUAUUGUCUGCUGUGGCCUGCGCACAAGAAUGUGAUAAUAAGAGUACAGAUGGUUAUGUGAAAAGGAAACUAAGUAGCGAUUGUGACACUGGGGCCGUUGUAAAGUUUGAGAAAGAUGACCGUAUAAUGUCUCCUCUUAAAUCCGAGAGUACAUUAGAAGAAUCAGCUGUACCAGCUGUAGGUAAUGAAAUGGAUAUUGAUAUUACUUGCAAUAAUACUGAAGAAAAUGAAGUUGAAAUAGGUCCUUUAAAAGAAUUGACUGACCCUGAUCAGAAUAUUGAUGAUAAUCUACUGGAUUCCGAUUCUGAUAAAACUAGGCCGCCUAUACCAAAGUUAAGAAUAACUAGAGGUAGAUCAUCUAAAUUACCCAAUAAUUGUUCCACGACACCAAGUGAUAACGAAAAUAAAGAUUCUACAUCAUAUAAAUGUUCAGUAACCUUAUCUAAGACCAAUGACAGUAGCAAAUAUCGUGCUACAGUUAAUAGGCGGUUUGGGCUUACUAAACCGAAAAGAGACGAUAAACCUAUUAAAGAAGAAACGGCUGAAGAUGGUGUGGUAAGAAUAUAUUCUGCUAGCAGCCCUCAUGGUAAAAUAUACUUGAAAAGAGUACAAGCCACAGCACUUGAAAAGAAGAAAAAAAGAACGCCAGUCAAGUAUCCUCUAUGUUCCACUUUUCACACAAGAAGUAAAGCAAAAACCUUAAUGGUUUUGCCACAUCAUGAAUUGAGAAAAAUUUCGCGACAAGCUGGACAUAAUACCGUAUCUGGCUUUAGUCAUAGUGCUAAACCAAAUCAGACUGUGUGGCCUUAUCCUUGUGCAAGGCCUUUACUCAAAACAUGCUGGCUAUAUCGCACAGUAAAUUUGCAUUGGCUUGCAAGUGCAGCUUUACAACUUCGUAUAAUGUGGGCUUGUUUACGUUGGGAUGAUAUGGCUGCUAAAGCUGGAACUGCUGAUGGAAAGCAUCAAUUAACAACUGAUACAGAAAUUGUUUCUUUAGAAUUGUUAAAGCACCGUCACAUAGGACAAUUUUCUGAACGUACACAGUAUCUUCGUCGCCGAGUCGUUAUACCAUUAGAGCUACCAAAAACUGUACGUGAAGUAACUUCGAUACGCAGUGGCUUGCGGAAAAGGAAACGUGCGGAAUCGCCACAAAAUACUGAACCUCAGGUUUCUGAAGAGUGGGUUGAUGAAGAUAAAUUGGAAUUAUGGGAAGUACGUCAAUAUGGUGAACGCACUGAAAGAGCAACACCUGUUACUCGUACAUCAACUGGUAAACUACCUCAGCGAACACAGCCACCACCACCCCCAAAUGCUUCGGACCUCAAGGAUAAAAUGGAGCAACAAUUGCGAGAACAAAGAGCUGCACAUCAACAAAAAAGAGCACUCGAGAUUUCUCAAGAAAAAUCUAAAUCAACACCGAAUUCUGGUAAGAGCACCCUCACUUCAUUGCUGACAACAAAUGCUAAUACACCAACUGGUCAGAAAACAGUAAUAGGCACUCGAAGGAUUAUCAUGACAAAGGGAGCAGAUGGUUCAACAAGAGUCAUUAGUCAACCUGUUGGAGCAAGUACCAAAACGAUACAAAAUACUGAUGUUCCAUCAAAACCUACCGCAACACCACAAAAGGAAGGACCACAGAAAGUGCAAAUAAUAAGGGCGCCAGAUGGUAAAAUAACAGUUCGGGGAUUGCUGGCUGGACAACAGCUAAUUCAAAUGCCCGAUGGAAAAUUGCACGUCGUGAUGGCUGGUCAACAGGGAAUCACUGGUCAACUGGUGGCAGCAUCGCCCGCUUCGAAAUCUUCAGACAAUGAGAAAGAAGACAAAACGAAAGAAGCCAAAAACGCAGUCGAGGAUACGAAAGCGACGGCGUCGCCGCGCGUCGUUACGCAACCGACACAACAAAUCGUUCUGCAGGGUAAUCGGCAAUUAGUCGUGCAACCGCCGCAACAGGUGGUGGUGCAACAACCACAACAAGUGGUCGUCCAGUCGCCGCAACAAGUGGUGGUGCAACAAGGAGGAGCUAGAGCGAGCUUGCAGCCUCGCGUGCAGCCCGUACAGACGAUGCUGGUGCAGGGCCAGCUCAUGCAGCGUCCUGCCACGGCCGUCACGACCGCCACACCGCGCACUCCCGUCGCGCGCCCGCACACGCCUCGCGCGCGGCCCGCUUCUACUCAACAGAUCGUAGUCAAUAAUCCCGUGCUCGUGCAGCAGAUCGCAGCUGGCAAAAUACAGUUGGCAACCGUGAAUGGACAGCAAGUAUUGAUUAGACCUACUGGAAACAAUCAAGCGCAGAUAGUAGCGCACAUAGGACAGAGCCCGGCGCCUGCUCCGCGACCGGUGGCACCGGCGGCAGUCGUGCCGCAGCCGCCCCCACCGCCGCAGCCGCAGCCGGUCCAGCAGCAACCGCUAACAGAGGAUGAGAUUGUUGAAAAGCGUCUACUCGUGGGUCAACCACCUGGCACAGUCAUAAAAACUGUUACAGCACAGGUUAUGCAAACCAGUAGUGGACCUAGUAUAGUAUUACAAGGUUUGCAUGGAUAUUCAUUAACACCUCAACAAUUGGCUUUGGUGCAACAUCAAGUAAAACAGCAACUAUUGAAAGCACAAGAGUCGACGGGCAAACAAGGCAUGCUGGGCCCGAGGAAAAUGUACCUGGCGGUGCAGCCCGCGCCGGGCGGCGGGCCGGGCGCUGCGACGGCGGCGGUGGGCGCGGCGCCGCUGCCGCCGCUGGCGCCGGUGGCGGCGCUGCCCGCCCAGCCGCUGCACGCGCUGCAGCCGCUGCACGCCGUCUCGGUCCCCGUGCCCAUGCCGCAUCAGGAUGUUAAUGAAGAAGAGAAAUUAAAGAAUGCGCCACUUCUAAAUGGCGAUGAUAAAGUGAUAAGUUGUUCCAAAACGGAAGAAACAAAAGGAAGUAACAAUAAAUCAGAUAUAAUAAAUACCAAUCCGGAAGGAGUGCAUGCUAAUAAGUUCGUGCUCACACCCGAUUAUAUACAGCAAACAAUCAAAAGCGCCUUAAAACAAGAAAACCUAAAUCCUGAAAUCGAAGAGAAACUUCUACAGUUACAAAGAUACCAAGAGAAACGUAUGAAACCGGAACCGCACGUUGAACGAGAGCCAAGAGCGAUCGUAGUCUCAGCGCAAUCCCCUUCGCCACCGCCACGGCGUCGCGCUGUGUCGUCUCGCCAUGACGAUGAUGAUGAAUGGGUAGACAGCAGUCCGCGCAAGCGGUCUCGUGCCGCACGCCAACCGUCGCCUCCGAUUACACGCGCGGCGCCCCAGCCGCCGGCCAGCCUCCAGCAGCAGUCCGCACCCGCGCCCUCGCCUGUCCCCGUCCUUGCCGCCGUCCCCGUUCCCGCCGUGCCACCUUCCACGCACCCGCCGGCUUCACCCGUCCAGGCGUCAUCGGCAGAUGAACGACGCCGUGCCGCCUCUACUCACUCCCGCCUCCAAAUGCUUCUAUAUAAACACAAAGAAAUGCUGAAAAAGGACAUAAUAAAAAAACGAGGUCUUCUCGAAAAGGAACUCGGCGUAGAGAUACAGAAAGAACUAUCGGCCGAGUUGGCAUUGCGGACACGAGCCGAACGCAGCAAACAAGAGGAAGUUCGGAGCGGUAAACGACGACCAACGCCGGCGGUCACUCGUGACUCUACUCCCAGAACCACUAAGAAAAAUGUUAAAAAAGAGAAACUUCUUUGUAUAUGUCGAACGCCGUAUGACAACACCAAGUUUUAUGUAGGUUGUGAACACUGUAGCAAUUGGUUUCAUGGUGAUUGCGUUGGUGUUACGGAAGAAAUGAGUAAAACUAUGGAAGAAUAUAUUUGUACCGAUUGUCGACGCGCUGAGGAGACACAAGAACUAUAUUGUCUCUGCCGGCAACCCUACGAUAAUUCACAGUUUUAUAUUUGUUGUGAUCGCUGUCAGGAUUGGUUUCAUGGACGAUGCGUGGGCAUUCUCCAAUCAGAGGCAGACAAUAUUGAUGAGUACAUUUGUCCCAAUUGCCAAAAAAAUAAUUCUGUUAACUUUGCAAAUAUGAAAGAAUUAACUGCAAAGGACUUUGAAAAUUUAAAGAGGCUAAUAAAGCAAAUACAGUUACAUAAAAACGCUUGGCCAUUUAUGGAACCUGUUGAUCCUAGAGAGGCCCCUACAUACUACAAAGUUAUCAAAGAACCAAUGGAUCUCCAAACAGUAGAAAGGAAAGUGAAUGAACAAAUAUACAGUACGUUAAGUGAAUUUAUUGGUGAUAUGACAAAAAUUUUUGACAAUUGUAGAUACUUUAAUCCUAAAGACUCUGAAUUUUAUCGUUGUGCAGAAGGUCUAGAAGCUUUCUUUGCACAGAAAAUUAAAUACUUUCGUGAAAAAUUAUUUGAAUCUACUCAAUGAUAAGUGCCAGUGUAUAGUGUUUUAAACUGUGAUUAACCUGUACUGCAGAAAUAUUAAAAAGACUAUGAAUUCAUCUAUGUUAUAGGUUCUUUGCAACCUGGUAACAUCUGUAAAUUGUACACAAAUAAAUUGAAAAUAUUAUUUAUAUAUAAAUGAUGUUGAAAAUAUCUAUUGAGUAUGUCAGUGUGGUACCUCUAAAUAUUUAUUGUAUUUAUUACCUGCUUUACAAAUUCGUAAUUGAAAGCUGACUAGCUCUUUAGAUAUAAAAUUAUUGACAGAAUAAUUAUGUAUGUAUCAGUUCUGUGAAAUAUUAUGUUAGCUAUUGUAUCUUAGCACCUUUAGUUAUUUUAGAAGCCUAUAGAUUAAGACAAACAACUUAUUGUAUGUAAGAAAUAAAUUUUUAAA